ACCAAACAUUGAUAAAAUCUAUCAUCAAAUCAUUGAUACAUUUACUAAUCUUUCUCCGCAAGAAGUAGACGUUCUUGAAGGUGCCACACAUGAUAGUGAUAUCUUAGUCGAUGAUACUGUAGAUUUAGGUACAAAUAAUUCUCGUAGUAUCGAAACUGAUGACAGUACAUACCAAGAAAUUGUUAAUCUAAACACUCUGAAAGAAGUAAAAUGUCGGAAACCACUUCAUCCGACAGAUAAAGGUGUUAACACUAUUAUUUAUAUUGCCACAGAUGCAGAAUCCCCACGUACCAAUCCGUUACUAUUCAAAUUUUUUAAUACUUUUCCUUGCGUAUUUGUCUUGGAUGAUUUUGAUCAGGAAUUACCUGAAAUAAAAAGUGCUAGAAAUGCAGAAGACAAAACCCCUUUAGUUAGUUAUCUUAUUCCCAUGUUAGAUGCCACGAUCUCUGCAAAUGGAUUUCGUUUUUAUGGUACACCCAAAUCAACAUUUAGUAAAUAUAUUGACAAGACUUUGCAUCCAUUGUAUUCAGGAAAAGAAUUAUUAAUAGAGGUGAUGAAUACAUCCACUAACAUAAAAAUGGAAUAA